CAGUUCCUAAAGCCUUGCACAUGUCGAUUGCUUUGGGUUCCACAAAUUCUCAUCCGGCUUCUCCCGCCACAAGGAAAUCUUUCAUCAUGGAGAGAAUGGGGGAUAAGGACAUUGUCAAGCGAGCAUUCAAGAUGUUCCAGAACAAUAAUGCGGGCCAGAAGUUGUCUGGCGAAGAAUCAGAGAAGGUGCUUUCCAGGGAGGGAGAACCAAAGGCUUCCAUUCCCCUAAUUAGACAGAAGGAAAAUGGGGGGCCACUUAAAGCAGGGAGUGGGGCACAAAAAGCUUCUCAGCCUGCGUCUUCUUCCUAUGGCUCCAGAAGUGAUGAGAGGGCGGGAAAGGUUGCAGAGGUUCCACUGUUAAUGAAGAAGUUGAAGGAAAGAUCCACGGCUGUAGAUAAAGGAAAGCUGCAAUCUCAAGCAAAAUUAAAGGAAGAAAAAAGGCAGGGCACAAAAACUCAAGACCCAGUCUCACCCAGAGAGGCACACCCACAUCAGGUCAGCCAGGGCAUAGUAAAUUGACAAACGGCCUGAAAAAGGUGGUUAACAAGGCUGAAGCUCGAUGAUUAUUCAAAAAGGAUGCUUGAGGAAGGGUGCUGAAGAGAUGGGUCUGGUUUGGAGUACUUCAGAGGCAUUCUGAGAGAAUUAUCCACAUACCCAAUGGUGUGUAAAGUUAGCGGAUCGCCUCGAGUCAUUUAUGAGACAGGAGGAGCUUUGAAUUAAUGACUAGAGAGACGCCCAUAUCUUGGUUAUGUUGUGGGAAGAUAUAAGUAGUGUUGAAUUAAUGGUAAGGUAGGCAUUUUUUCUCUAUCUUUACACAUAUACAGGGUGAUUGUCUCAGAAACUUUUAUAUAUUGAAUUCGUCUGAGAAUCUGUGAAAGGUGUAAGAGUCCUCUGUAGGCCCCGUGGCUUCUUUUACAUAGGACUAGUUUGCAGUUUCUAUA